CCAAGUUGCAGCCUGUUAAAACGGACCAGCGAAUUCAGCAGUCAAAGCUACGGGGGGCUGAAGGAAGGGAGGAAACAAUUGAGUUUUAAAAGGAAUAUUUCCAACUUCCCUUCCCUGCCUUAGAGCCGGGGAAAUGCGACUUUUAGAGAAAUUACGAGAAUCCACGGGGAUGAGCACGGCGCUGGAACCCGAGAAGGCAGCGGCGGAUCUCGUGUCCAAGAGUCCGACAGUCUCUCGGUUCUGCAACGUACUCACUCCGGGGCGCAUCCCGGCUUUCUGCAUCCCACCCCGGCUACCUUCCCACUCCGUUCCUGCUUUGCAGUCUCUUGGUGCCUCUACCUCCACUCCUCGACGUUGCACUGCGGAACCUGACAUGUGGCCUCACAGUCGGAACUCAAGCAGCAGCACUGGGGAGGAGGAGCUGCGGCCAGCGCUUGUAGGAGCCAGGGACGACCCGGACCUCACCGACUGGGACCCGCGCUCGCAGGCUGCCCUCUCGCUGCCGCACCUGCCGCGCCGGCCGACCUCGUACGGCUUCUGCGCCUUGCUGGAGAGCCCGAAUACCCGCCGCAAGGAAUCCCUUUUCCUUGGGGGCUCUGCAGCCGCUGCCGCUCUUCUGCAUCUCCCGCGGCCUCGGGCUCACACCUACUGCGGUGCCAGUGGCACCAACGCUUCCCAUAACCCACGAGGGCAGAGGGGCUCCCUGGACCGCCCACACACGGCCUCCUCCUCCUCUUCUGCCAGUUCGUCCCCCCGCACUUCCCCGCGCUCCCGGGACUCUCCCGCCCCGCGUCCCGGAAGCCGUCCUCGCUACCGCCGCCUCCUCCGGGCCCCGGACGCGCUCUUGGGCCGGGCGCUGCGAGCGAGUGGGAGCCGCGUUCUGGCCCGGGCCCGAUCGGUCUCCAGCGCUGAAGAUGAUGACGAGGACUAUGAUGCCGUCCGGGACGCAGGUCGCGUCACCCUGCCAGCCACCUGCCAGCCCGGCUCUGCUCGGGCACAGGCUCCAUCCCCACCCCCAUCCCUGUCCCCUCUGAGCCCACAGCCCGAGCGCUUGCAAGUCGAGAGCACCGUGACCUUGGGCCGCGACGGCGGCGCCUUGCACUUGGCCGCCGAGUACUGCCCGGUGUCCCGGCGGCUGCGCAUCCGCCUGCUCAGAGCCGAGGGUCUCUACAGCGGCACGGCCGAGCCGGGGGCCAUCGGCUGCAGAGUCAGCUUCACCCUGGUGCCUCCGGGCAAGACGCGCAAGCAGCGCAGCGCCGUGGUCCGACGGAGCCGAAACCCAGUGUUUAACGAGGACUUCUUCUUCGACGGAUUGUCAGAGGAUGACCUGCGCCGCACGGCCGUGAGGGUCAAGGCCGAGAACAAGGGCCGGGGCCUGGAGCGGGACCGUUUGCUGGGCCGGGGAGAGCUGGAGCUGAGGUCCAUACUGCUCUGA